CUUUGAUCUUGUCAACAUGUAUUUGUUCGUCAUUAAGAGAAGUGAUGGUCAUCGUACAAAUUUCCUCCGACAAUCCUAAACCAGUCGAAAGCCUCAAAGCAAGCAAUCUUAAACCUUACCAGGCCAACACACAAGAUCCAUACAUCACUGCUUAUUUGAAAACUGAUGCUCUGCCUUUGACGUUCGUGAUUGGUGAUGGAAAGGAGUAUAAUUCGGAAAAACAAAAAUACUUCAACCAACCUCUGAAACAGAAUUCAAGUUAUAUUUUGUUCCUCCGGUUUUUUGAAAAUCAGGUAAAUUCUGUAAAUACAGAACGUUUUUGUUAUUUUGGACGAAAAUUUUUGUUCGUAUAGAAAACUUGAUUAAUUAAUAUUGUUUUUUAAAGAACUCGUACUACUCAACAGAAUGGAGCAACACUACUAGGACGUUCGUAAAACCUCCAGGUAAUGAUUUCCAUAGGACCCAGCUUCGAAUACAUUUAAAUGAGAAGACCAAACUAAGAGUAUUAGUAUUCUUUAUAUAAUUUUUCAUCCUAAUUAGUAUGAUUAUAUAAUUGUUCACCCUAUAUAUAUAUAAUUAGCAUUUUUUUGUAGUCGUAUUUUAAGCUAUUCAAAACACUCGUUGUCGUGUUUUAUCAGACAUAAAACGCUCGGCUGCGCCGGGUUCAUAAUAUUGCUUCUCAAACGAACAUGCAUGCAUUUCAGUAAAGAGAAUGGUCGUUUAUUACCGUGAUAGCAAGACAAUGAUACGGUUCUGGUUUCCUUUGUGUUUUGCUUAUGAAUUAUGAAUAAGUUUGUAUAGGUAAUAGUAUGGUUUCUCGUGCAAUUUGGAAAAACACGUGCACGAGUGAGUUUUUCAAAGACUAUCAAAAUUGCACGAGUCCGAAAGACGAGUGCAAUUUGAAGUCUUUGAAAAACUCACGAGUGUAUGUUUUUCAUAUUGCACGAGAAACCAUACUAUUACUUAUUAAUAAUAUACAUGAAAAAAUUAACGGCAGCCAUUUUUUUACAAAAAAAACCGCCAGCAAUGCAUUCUUGCCACUCCUAAAAACUCUUAAAUGUUUGGGUUUUUCUGUAUUAUUUCUGCUGUAAAUUGCUGUAUUAGUUCUUUGUUAUUGUUUCAUAUUUUAAGCCAAUCAGAAAGCCUAAAUAAUCAAUGAAAUUUGCACUGUAUUUCUUUUUUUGGCACUGUAUAUAUUUCGAAAAUAUUACACAGCUAAUCAGAAUUGAGAAUUUUUUUAUGUAUAUUAUUAGAGAAGGAAUUGUACAAUAUUCUAUACUAACAAUGUAGUGAAGUAUGUUAUGUUGCAGUACGGCACAGUACAGUACAAAACAACACAGUACAGAACAGUGUAAUAGUAUGGUAUAGUAUAUACACAUGCAUCAGAGGUUGCACAGUUGAGCUGUUUCACAAAUAUGUAUCACAGGCUAGCACGAUAUAAUAAAUUAAAUUUUAAUUCAUUGGAACUAACCAUUGAAAUUCUGUAUGAAAAUUGUAUAUUUAAACUAUAGCUCCAAACAUUUCAAAAAUCAUUUCUACCAGUCUUAAAAUGUACACUAUCUCUUGGUCCAUACCAUCAACCAGCAAACCAUCCGCAAGUACUAUGCAAACUACAAUACCAAGGGAAAUGAAAUCUGUCAGUGUUGCUGUUGAGUUCGAUAAACCAAUGCAUUACCCAAUUCCUCCUCAUGUCAACUGGCUUAGAUACACUUACUUAUCGUAGACAUUCCGCAUGCCAGAAAUUCAUUAAUAGAAUGAAAUCCUACGAUUACUGUUAUAACAACCCUUUAGCUAACAUUUUAAAAUGUCGUUCAGUGUUUGUCUGAAUACUAGAGAUUCUGGGAACAUCAAUAGAAUUAUGUGCAUGUUUUGUUACUGUUAAACAUUUUAACUCUUAGAUAAUUGGUAGAACAUUAUUAUCGAGAUAAUUAACUAACUGCCGAUCGUAACUGAUUAUUAUUUAUCACCCUUGCUGUGAUAUUAGCUUAUUUAAAUACCUAUAGCUAUGCUGUUUCGGCUUCAAUGCGGUCUAUUAAACCAAUUAUUAUUAUUAUAACAUAGGCUCUGGUUGAGUUUCCAGACCAUAUCUUUACUGACUAUGUUGGUACAGUACGUAGUUUUACAGACAGCGUGCUCUGAUAUAUACAUAUACUAGUGUCCUUUUCAACAUUUAGACAAAGCAUCUCCAAAUGACACCAGCUGUGGAACAGAAUGGUAUAUUGUUGUCGUAACAUUGGUGUCUGGAAUUAUCAUUGGAAUUCUCCUUUCCUACAUUGUGUCGUGUUCUCGUCGUAAAUUUAGAAGAAGGAGACAACCUCGAUCAAACCAUGAACCAAAGACAACUGAAGCUGAUACAACUUAUCAAGAGCUUGAUCUUACAAAAAUGAACACAGGAGAUAAUUAUCAGUCGUUGAGGGUGAAUGCUGAGGAGGAGUCAACAUAUACUGAGUUAAACCAAACCAGAGAUGUAGAGGACAACUACCAAUCUCUAACUUAAACUUGGAAUAUUUAAUGGUGAAAGGUAGCCUCCUCCUUUUAUUCUAUAGGGGUAACCUUUGUUGCGGUUCUUGUGGUGGAGACGCCAUUUUUGUUUAAAGUGAAAAUAGAGAGGGCCGUCAAUCGAUAAAUAAAAAUAAAACCAGACCAUAUACUGGGUUUUUUUCCAGAGAUUUACAGUAAUUGCGACGACUAUAGAUUCGUUUCUGAAACAAAAUUAGCUUUACUGCUUGUUGGAACCUCAGGUGUGCAGCUUAUCUGUCUUAUCCUAUUGCCGCACUACUAGUUUGAAAAAAAUUGAAGCAUCGGCGAGUCUUGGAUUCUCUGUGGCUGUUCUUUUGGACGAUGUAGAAUGUCGUAGUUGCAAAUUGCAAAAGAACACAAGUUGCAUGCCGGGUAAUUUUUCUCACAUGGCAACUGGAUAACAGGUCAUGAUUAUUCUGUUCCCCGGUUAUGAUUUUCAAAAAAUAACCUGUUAUACUAAGUUUUUAACACUGAUGCGUGAAGAACUCACUUGCAAUAUAUAUCAGAUUCUAACUACCAUGAGGAUAUUACGCUGAAACAAUAAUGACGAGUUUAUAAUUUCGGUUUGAUGAGAUACUAAUUUCAAUGUGUUUUCUGUUUUUAGAGCUACAAUCUUGGACAUAUUAUUGAUUGGCAUGAGACUACCUUUCCCCUUUAUACAAAAUUCGAUAGAUUUUAUGCUAAUAUUUCCUUGCCAGGGAAAACUAUGCCAGCUUUUGGACAAGGAAAAUUUCGGCUCGGACGUGUGUACGACCGCCAAGGAAAACUUGACAAGUUACAAGAAACACUUCUAGGUUUUGGCAAACAAAAGGCGGUAAAUAUGUGAAGAUAAAUAUUUGACAACAUUCUGUGCAACAAAACUUUCAAAGGAAAGUGUUAAAGGAAAACUCGUUCACCCUACACACGAGAACGUAAACUUGUCAAGGAAAAUUUGACAAGGAAGACUCUUUAAUCAACUGUUCUAUAUAAACAUGGCCAUAAAGUGUAUCGAAAACCGGCAUAUUGUAUACCAGGAUAAUACAAAUAUCAGGCCAGAGUAUAAGCAGCAUAUAUUGUGCUAUUAUGGUACAAGUGUACUUGUCACAGUAAAGGGGGGGGGGCGGGGGGUGAAUAUAGGUUUGGCUAGCGAAUAUUUUACACGGAUUUGCGGAUCUUAUUAAUUCAGCGGAUUGCGGAUUUAUCUAAUAUUUUGGCUCGGAUUGUGGACUUAGCUUGCAAUUUAGUCGGGAUCUUGGAUUGUGACUUAAUAGUAGAGCUUUUAGCGGAUUCAAAUUAGGACAAGACCAUUGUCGGAUCGCGGAUUUUGCUUCAAAUUUUGGGCGGAUGGGCAGAUUGUAUACCCCUAUUCACUCCUCCCCCCUCCCCCCAGUAAAAAUUGUCAAAGUUGCGUACAGACGAGCAAAUAAAACUUGCCACAUAAAAACUUCUCAUAGAAAACUUGCUCGUCUGUAACCGGCUUUAAAAUUGAUCAUUGUAUUAAAAGCUUGCUUAUUUACUUUUAUUUCCAAAUAUAUUUCGAAAGGUCGGUUUCGUUUCAGCACUUUUUGUUUUGAAAAGGUUUAAUUUCGUUUUGCUAAUAUCACUCAUUAAACUACUUGCUGCAUAAACCAUGCCAUGCAAUGGCAAUGCCUAAUUGUUGUUGUAUACUGUGAGUCCAGCCUAGUCCCUGGCCUUCCAAGCGCGGGCGAGUUACAGGCUGUCGUAAACUUGCGGGCUUGUUGAUUUCCCCCUAAAUUAAUGAGGCGGAAGUUUCGGACGUUUCGGCCCAGAUUGGGGUUCGGGCAGCGUUACCAUGUUGACCGUCAUGGUCAACUUGCCCCAAAACAGUUGAGAACUUUAAUUAAUUAUAAUAUGCCUGGAUUACAA